ACACACGGCAGGUAUUAAAGGUCUGUCGUUACGUCUGAGCGCUGUAGAAACUCUCUGCUACCAUCGACACAGCACCAGAACCUUCCAGCCAUGGCCCACUUCCUGUACCUGUCAGCUGAGACCUGGACGCUCCUGGUCGCCUUCAUCACACUUUUAGUAGUAUAUGCCUACUGGCCAUAUGGAGUGUUCAAACGACUGGGCAUCCCUGGUCCCAAACCAGUGAUGUUUUUUGGCACCAUGUUGGGAUACAGAGAGGGCUUCAUUAAGUUUGACGAGGAAUGCUUCAAGAAAUAUGGACGAACGUGGGGCAUUUAUGACGGCCGUCUGCCGGCGCUGUGUAUCACAGACCCUGCCACCAUCAAAACUGUUCUGGUCAAAGAGUGUUACAACCUGUUUACCAACCGCAGAAACUUCCAUCUGAACGGACCGCUGUACGACGCCGUCAGCAUCGCGGAGGACGAGCAGUGGAAGAGGAUCCGUGGAAUCCUUUCUCCCUUCUUCACCUCAGGGAGACUGAAGGAGAUGUUUGUCCUGAUGAAGCAGCACUCGGCCAACCUGAUCAGCAGCAUGAAGAAGAAGGUGGAGAAGGACGAGCCGCUGGAGCUGAAGGAGUUCUUUGGUCCCUUCAGCAUGGACACGGUGACCAGCUCAGCCUUCAGUGUUGACAUCGACUCUCUGAACAACCCUGCCGACCCCUUCGUCAGCAACAUCAAGAAGAUGCUGAAGUUUGACAUUUUCAGCGUUCUCUUCCUUAUCGCUACUUUCUUCCCCUUCCUCGUCCCUCUGUUUGAAAAGAUGGAGCUCUCCAUGUUCCCUGCCUCAGUCACACGCUUCUUUUACUCUUCACUGCAGAAAAUCAAGGAAGACAGAGAGACAAGCAAACAGAAGGGUCGAGUCGACUUCCUCCAGUUAAUGAUCGACUCCCAGAAAAACAACACAUCAGAAGAAAUUAAAGGUGAUUCAGACGUGACUGAUCAUGAGAUCCUCUCUCAGUCCAUGAUCCUGAUCUUUGCUGGCUAUGAAACCACCAGCAGCUCUCUGACCUUCCUGGCCUACAGCCUGGCAACAAACCCACAUGUCAUGACCAAGCUGCAGGAAGAGAUCGACUUCACCUUCCCCAACGACGCUCCCGUGGAGUACCAGGCCCUGAUGCAAAUGGAGUAUCUGGACUGUGUCAUCAACGAGACCCUGAGGUUGUACCCCAUCGCCAUGCGUCUGGAGCGCGUGGCCAAAGCCUCAGUGGAGAUAAACGGCCUCGUGAUUCCAAAAGAUAUGAUCAUCAUUGUCCCCACGUGGCCGCUGCACCGAGACCCUCAGUACUGGCCUGAACCAGAGAAAUUCAAACCUGAGAGGUUCAACAAGGAAAACAGGGACAACAUUGAUCCCUACACUUACCUGCCCUUCGGAACGGGACCAAGAAACUGCAUCGGAAUGCGCUUCGCACUCAUGUCAAUAAAACUGGCAAUGGUGGAGGUUCUGCAGAGGUUCAGCUUUGCUGUGUGUAAGGAGACUGAGAUCCCCCUGGAGUUGGACAGCCAGGGUUUAUUGGCGCCAAAACGACCAAUCAAACUGAAGCUGGUGCCGCGGCUGAAACAAUGAAGUCGCGAUGAAUCAGGAAGUUUGUCCUUGUGGCUAAGGACGUACAGCACUACACAAACAUCGUAGUCCAUACUACAGUAAUGUCAAAUGUAGGACAAUACUUAAUCAUACAUGGGAUGAAAUGGUAGAAGUGGGGUUUUAAAGGAAGUAAAUGUAAUGUAAUCAUCACAAUUAUUACUUUUCACUCUGGCUAAUUGAACUGACUUUUCUUCUUUUUUAAAUUGCAUUUAUAUUUUUCUUUUCUGGUUCAAGUUAAGAAAUAAUUUAGUUAUAAUUGUAGGAAAACAAAUCCACCAAUUCUCCAAGAUGUUUACAAUACCAAUUAUAGCGGUGAGAUGUGCCUUUGGUUUGUUUUUGUUCAUUUGUUUUUCAUCCAAUUUAAUAUUGAUAGUUUUUCUUCAGAUUUGGUUCAGGGCUGUGGUAUAAUUUUUUUAAUUUUUUACACAAUUUUACCGUCAUUCUUACCUUAUUUUCUGUGUAUGAAAUCAACCAACGUGUGCAUUUCUCAGGUAUAAUUUAUAUCUUUCUGCUUUUUCAUUAAAUACUUUCAUAUUUUAGGGUA